CCGGAACGAUGGGGCAAGCCGAGAGCAGCCCAUUGCCGCUUGCUGCGCUGAGCGGCAGCCUCGAGCAAGUCCAAGCGCUCUUGGACCAAGGCGUCGACGUCAACGGCCGCCACGAGGGCCGACGCGCCUUGUCGUACGCAGUCCAAAGGAACCACGCCGCCAUGAUCGACGCGCUCAUCGCUGCUGGCGCCGAUGUGGACAGCCCCAACGAGGUCGUCGCGGCGCCGCUGGUCCUGGCUAUCCAAGACGAGAACGAAGACGUUGUGAAAACGCUCCUCGCUGCUGGCGCCAGCGUUGAUGUCACUAGUGGCGGGAAGAGCGCGCUGACGAUCGCUGUCAGCUCCGAAAACAUCAACCUCGUGCAACGUUUGUUGGAUGCCAAGGCCGAUGUCGACGCUUUUCAUGGGAAGUACGGUGUCCCGCCGAUUGCUAUGGCCAUUCACCGCAAGUCCCCAACGCUGCUGCGGCUCUUGCUAAGCGCUGGUGCCGAUGCCAACGUCGUGUCAGACUCGGACGGCUCUACGCCGCUGAUUCAAGCUGCGGGCUUGGGCUCCCUCGAGAUUGUCACGAUGCUGCUUGAGACCGGCGCCAAAGUCAACGUGCAUGCGGAGAUGGCGGGCACAGCGCUGCACCAAGCCGCACAAACCAACGAUGUUGAAAUUGCAUCACUUCUGCUUCACGCGGGCGCCAACGUCAACAGCGUCGACAAGGAGCGGGAGACACCGCUGUUUCGAGCCGCACAGCGCGGCCACGUGGCGAUGGUCGACUUACUUCUCGCGGCCAAUGCCGACGUGCACCGCUGCAAUGAUGAUGGGCAGUCGUCGCUGUUUGUUGCCGCCGAGACCGGCCACGCAAUCGUGGUGCAGCACCUCCUCCAAGCCGGCGCGGAUCUUCACAAAUGUGCCAUGUUUGGCCAGUCGGCGCUGCAUGCAGCUGUAAGCGCGGGCCACACGCGGAUCGCGCGCAUGCUUCUCGCCGCCGGCGCGUACAUUGAUCGGUCGCAGGCUGGACCGCUCGCGGCAGCCAUCGAGGAAGACCACCAAGACAUUGUGCUGCUCUUGUGUGAGACAAUCGUCGAGCGAGCCAAGCUACCACGACCGACCGUUGAACUGCCGCCGAUCGAGAGCGAUGAGAAUGAUCGCUGGCUCCACGUCGACGACGCAGCGCAGCAUUGAACUUUGCAGCAUUUGAUUACUCGAAGU